AAAAUACAAAGGCAAGGGGAGACCAGGUUCCGAUGUUCUUGAGCUGCAAGAGUUUCCUUUCUACUCCAGAAAUGAAGGAGAAUUCCCUGGUUUUUGUCUUCCUCUAGCAAUGGCAAAUCCCAACUUUUCUGUACACUUACAGACAAACCCAAAUCCCAGUUUUCCUUUUGAGAGCACCAACAACUAAGAAAUUACCAAAGAAAGAAAAUUUUUUUUUCUUUUCUUUUUUGGUAGAACUUGAGAAAAGAAUAGAAGAAAGAGAGAAAGAACGACAAAACUACAAUAAUAAGCUCAAUCAUUCUCUUCCUUCCAUGUCAAACAUCACAGGUGAAGCAGCUGGGAGCUUCUCUUCUGGCAACACAGGAGAAGAAGAGCAACAACAACAACAACAACUGGUGCAAGAUCACUUCCAUGGUUCUAACUCAGGACCUUCAACUACAACUAACAGCAAUGGUUCUAUCUCACAACAACAACCACUGGUCAAGAAGAAAAGGAAUCUACCAGGAACUCCAGACCCAAGUGCAGAAGUGGUUGCUCUAUCUCCAAAGACUCUUAUGGCAACCAACAGAUUUGUGUGUGAGAUAUGCAAUAAGGGGUUCCAAAGGGAUCAAAACCUGCAACUUCACAGAAGAGGUCAUAAUCUUCCUUGGAAGCUUAGGCAAAGAACAGCAAAUGAGAUAAGGAAGAGGGUGUAUAUAUGCCCUGAGCCUACUUGUGUCCAUCACAACCCAUCUAGAGCAUUGGGUGACCUUACUGGAAUCAAGAAGCAUUUCAGUAGGAAACAUGGAGAGAAGAAAUGGAAAUGUGAUAAGUGUUCUAAGAAAUAUGCAGUUCAAUCAGAUUGGAAAGCUCAUUCAAAGACUUGUGGUACAAAGGAGUACAAAUGUGAUUGUGGAACAAUCUUCUCCAGAAGAGAUAGCUUCAUCACUCACAGGGCUUUCUGUGAUGCCCUAACAGAAGAAAACAGUAAAGGAAGUCAUGGGCUCACCUCAACCUUUGGAGGGAACUUACAUGGUCAAGUUUCAGAGCUCAUACCAUCAUUGCCUGUCACCAAUAUAUCAAUAGGAAUACAUGAAUUCAGCCACCAGGAAACCAAGAACCCAUCAAUGAUCAAGUCUCUCCCACAGGAUCUCAUGUCAAUGCAAGUAAAGUCUCAGAGCAUGACAGGAGGAAUUUUCUCGAACAGCUCAAGCUCACUCUUUGGUGUCCCAAGAAAUAACAUAUCUUCACCUUCCUCUUGCCUUCAGCUCAGUGCCAACAGCUCAUCGAGCUUUAAUGGCCUUCACAGCAGUACUAAAAUGAACCAACAACUGGCCGGUUCGACGUCGUCGUCGGCCCACUUGUCUGCAACUGCAUUGUUGCAGAAAGCAGCUCAAAUGGGUGCAACUACAAGUAAUAACAUUAGCUCUCCUAUGAUGAAAAAGAGCUCGGUUACAGCCAUGGCAGGGCCUGAUCAGAUCUCAGGCAUUAGAACAACAUCAUUUGGAGGAGGAAUUUCUCAGCAACACAUACAACCACAAUUAAUAGACCAUUCAUCACAACUAGUUGGGAUGGAUGGUGGAGGAUUCACAAACCACUUCUUGCAGAAAGCCCCAGAUCAGAUUUCUAGGGCAAAUGAAAUGGGAAUGUUCUCUGAGAUGUUUACAGGUGCAGGUAAUCAAAACCAUGGAAGGAAUUGUAAUUCAGGGUUAGGGAUGCCAAACAAUGGACAGAAUCCGGCAGGAGCAUCCACGUCGAGCUUCGGAGGGACCAGAGGAGGGGAUGAUAUGAUGACUGUGGAUUUCUUGGGGAUUGGUGGAUCUAGGUCAGUAAAUUUGCAUGAACAACAACUGAGUCAGAAAAGAUUGCAAGAAUUGAAUCCUUUCCAAGAACAGAUAUCACAUGGACAAGAAGACAUGGAGAAAUCAUUGUGGGAUAUUUGA